AUGGAUCAACCUAAAAGAGUCAAAAGAAAAGGAAUCUGUAAGAGGGCCCUUAGGCCUAUGGAUAUAUACGCAAAGCCGAUUUAAUUAACUUAUCAAGGAAAGGAAUCAUUCAAAUCAACGUUCGGUGGAAUUGUUUCGCUGAUUGUUAUUUUAUCUCUGUUAAGUGUUUCAGCCUAUAAAGUAAACGAUAUGAUAUUGAAGAAAUAGACAUCAGUAAAGAAAAACACUCUAGUUAGUAUUUCUAAUUCAUAUGCCCCUCCAGAGGUAUUAUCAGAGAAAAACAUUACAAUUGCCUUCAUGUUGUCUGAUUUCUUUGCAGAAAAUACAUUUAAUGAUCCAUUUUACGGAAAAUUCAUUCUUAGGUAAAGCGAAAUAUACAUUAGAAAAAACGAGACAGAUGGAACGAACUACCGUGAAUUCAUUGAUUAUUAUAUUCCAUUUUCUAAAUGUAUUGUUGGGAAAAACUUUUUCUACCCAAAUGCUGAAGAAGUUAAAUAAUAUGGACUUUAAAAUUAUUUUUGUCCUGAUUGGCAGAAUUUGACUUUAUAAGGAAAUUGGUAUUCUCCUGUUUAUAAAUGCUUAACCUUGCUAUUUGAAAGAUGUAAAGGUCCUAAUUGUGCAAGUGACGACUAAUUUUCAAAAUGGAUUGAUGGCAAAUGGAUUUAGGAAAUUAUUAUCAGCUCAUAUUUCGACAUUGCAAAUUACGAGAAUCCAGUUAAAUACUUUCUUGAUGAUACUUAUCUCGCUAUUGAAUACAAUAGAACAACUUACAACUCCAUGUAUUUUAAGAAAGAUAUACUCAAGUUAAGUGAUAGUCUUGUUGGCAUAUUUGAUGAUGUCUAGGAAGAGUAUUUUUAUCAAAUGUCUCACACUAGGUACUUUACAUCAUCUGAUACAGGAGGUUUUGGACAUGGAGUUCAUUUUUAUUAAGAUAUCAGAUUAGAUAAAGAAUACGAUAUUUACGAGAGACAGGUUUAUUCUUUUAGUUCUUUGCUCUAGGAUAUUGGAGGAUUUUAUAACUCUUUGUUCUUCAUUGGGUUGUUUGUCUUUGGGAAAUUUCAAAACUCCAUAUUUUUCUCUUCCUUGAUAAGCAAGUUGUAUUAAAUAGAGCAAGUCAAAAAAGUUAAACGAAGAGAUAGUGAUUAGGAUAAUAGUGUCGAUCUGGAAAGUACCUCAGGUAAAAUAUUUGAUCCAAAAGCAUCUGUUAGACGAUUGAAUACGACUACAAGUAAACAUUUUUCAUCAACUCUAAUGGAAGACCUAAAAAAUUCAAAAUGGUCCCUUGGGAAAGUCCACAUUCGAAAAUUGAUUGACUAUCUGGGAUAUAGAUGGAGACUCAGUAUAACAGCUCAAGAUAUUUUCAACUUUACUUUCCAAAGAUUGUACAUCUGUUGUAAAGGAAAGCCGAAGAAGGUUGAUACAGAGAUAUCCAGAAGAAAAAUUCAUUUGUAUAACAAAGGAGUGAACAAGAUAGUCCGAGAACUAGACGCCAUAAAUCUAAUGAACAAACUUAGAAAAUUGGACCUGUUACUUUCCUUGUUUUUGAACAAGGACUAGAGUUAUUUACUUCAGUACCAGAAGAAACAUUUGAUUCAAGAAGCUGAUUCAUCCUCAGAGGAAGAAAAUAAAACUUAAUCAAUUAUUUUGAGAAAAUUCUCAGAUGGUUACGUAAAACGGAAUUAAGCUAACCAUUUAUAAAAAAGACUAGAAAAUAUAUUAACUUAAUUUACUAAAGCAAAUGAGUUAUCUCUGAUUGAUAAGAAAAUUAUUCAUGGACUCAUCUCUAAAAAGAAUUUUACUUUUAAUGACAAUGAGUCAGUGUCAACAGGCUAGAAAAACAAAGAUUAAUUCCCAUCUUCCUCUGAUUACAAUCGUUUUAUGAUCGACGGUGAUGGAGAGAAGGGUUAGGCUUACUAAAUUAAUGAUAAUAAUCAUGUUGACAAUAAUAAAGAUGAACCGCCAAAAAUUAAACUUAGUUUUGUUCCGCAGGUUGUGCCCAAAAAUAAAAAGAUCCUGUAAAAGAAACAGUUUAAGAAAAGAUCAGAAAAUGAUGUUAAAAGAGAUGUAAAGGCAAAAAAGGUAACAGUCGGUCUCAGAGACAUUAUCUUAAGUGAUGAUUGA